GGGGGAGGCAGGGAUCGAAGCUGACCUGUUUGCUCUUGUCCCCUCUCAACUCCUAGGACAAUGCUUGACACGUGAUUCUCUCCCUGGUAGGCUGCUCUCGCACCAGCGUUCCCUGCCGGUCAUGGAACUUCCAGAAGCUGAGGAGGCAUGCUCCGAGUUUCUGGACCAGCAGAGCUGAGGGUACCCAAACUUGUACUGAGGCAACUCUACUGAGGUCAGCCCCAUGGCUAUGCCACAUGGUUCAAAUGAAACUUCCUAUUUGCUACCUCCAAACAGUGAGGACUGGGGAGGGCACGGAAUUCCUGACUUUGUCUAUGGGCAGAAGGAACUCGUGCCAGAAGGGAUUCAGUGGCCAAGGAGCGGACCCAGCCUUCUGGAAAGACUGCCACUAUCUCGCUUUGACUCUGCCCUCUGCUUGGCCUGGAGGCAGCGGAUGGAGCUGGGGCUGUUCCGCUACUGUCUGGGGGAGCUGCAGACCCAAACCCUUCCUGGUGCCGUGGGUUUUGUGGCUCAGCUGAAUGUGGAGCGAGGUGUGCAAAGAAGGAGCCCCCAGAACAUCAGGAGCGUGAGGCAGGCGUUUGACCCUGAACAGUUUAACUUCAACCAGAUCCGGCCAGGAGAAGUCCUCUUCCGCUUGCACCGGGAGCCCGAUCUCCCCAGUGCUCUCCAGCAAGACGACAUCCUCGUGGUGAUCAAUGUCAGCCCCUUGGAGUGGGGCCACGUGCUGCUGGUGCCCGAGCCCGCCCGAGGGCUCCCCCAGCGCCUGCUGCCAGGGGCACUGCAGGCCGGGGUUGAAGCUGUGCUGCUGAGCUCACACCCAGGCUUCCGAGUCGGCUUCAACAGCCUGGGCGGCCUGGCCUCAGUGAACCACCUCCACCUGCAUGGUUAUUACCUGGCCCACAGACUGCCCGUGGAGGGGGCCCCAAGCGAACCCCUGGAUCCUGGGGGCCGUCUGCAUCUGCUCCAGGCCCUCCCAGCUCCUGGCUUCCUCUUCUACACUAGCGGGACAGGGCCCGACUUGGAAGCCUUGAUAAGCAGGGUAUGUCGGGCCACUGACUAUCUGACUGACCACGAGAUUGCACAUAACUUGUUUGUGACCCGGGGGGCUCCACCUGGAAAGACAUCAUCUUCCUCAGCCCUCACGGGGGUCCGAGUAAUUCUUUGGGCCCGGAAGUCCAGCUUUGGGAUAAAGGAAGGCGAGGCCUUCAAUGUUGCCCUCUGUGAGCUGGCUGGGCACCUCCCUGUCAAAACGUCCCAGGACUUCAGCAGCCUGACAGAGGCGGCAGCUCUGGCCGUCAUCCGAGACUGUCUGCUGCCCCCAGCCCAGGCAGGAGAGGUGCAGGCAGCACUGGUGGCCUUGAUAGCCAAGGAGGAGCAGUAAUCCUUCCAGAAGUAUUUAUUUUGUAACCAAUCUAAGUCUCUUUCUGGAAAGCUGUCCAUCAUGAUCAUGUGGGCACGUUCAUGAAUGCCUUCUCACCUGUCUCAGCCUAAGGGGAGGGAUAAAGAACUGGUAAGUGGUCUCUUUACGGAGGAGGAUACCUUGGAAUAAAUCGAAUGAAUGAGCCCUCAUGGAUGUAUCUGCUGCUUUUCACCUUUCUUCUUAGAUAAGCCCCAGGGAUGUCAAACCUAUUGUUAAGAAGGGAGUGUGUGCAAGAGUUAACACACUCCUGACUUGUAUAUGCCAACUUUUCUCUUCCUUUCUUAUCAAAUCUUAGCAAAGUGAUAGUUUAUCACUUCCUCUGUUCUUGCCUCUCUGCCUGUUCUCCCUUUGCCCGCCACUGAGUUGUAUUUCUUCAUCCUGCCCCUACAUAUGUCCCCUCCAUCCAUAUGCCCUAUUUAUAGCACAUUCUUCACCUACCUGGUCACCUUGAAUUUUCCUUCAGCCCCAAAGCUGAGCUGAGUGUUCUUCACAUACAUCAUUUCAUGUGAAAACAAGGUGUCCUCACAACUUGAAAGUUGCAGGUCCUCUUAAUACCCCCAUUUAACAGACGAAGAUAUGGAGGCUGACAGAGGUUUAGUAAUUUGUCCAAGGUCAGAUGGCUCAAAAGUAGUGGAGUCAGGACAGCAACACAGGCAAUCAGACACCUGAAGCCAAGCUGGGGCUGUGCACGUGUGACUGCCAUGUUAAUAAAGUCUCAUUGAGAUGAAGCAGAAUAUGCAUCACGACCCAUUUCAUAAGAAAAUCAGUUUAACAUUUAAAUUCCUAUAAACAAUUUUUGGUCACCCUCAUGUUUGGGCAUAUUGCAGUAAUUUCAGCUUAAUGCCUCUUUGUGCAAGCCUUUGCAAAUGUGGGCUCCAAUAACAUCACUUUAUUUUGCUCGCUCACUCUCUGAAGGGAGUGCAGAUGACCAUUAGAGCAAAGUGGACUUUUUGUGUAGAAGGUGAUGAGUCCAAAUACCAGGAUUUCCCCAGUUUUUUCCUUAGGAUUAAUGUUCAGAGGAGAGCCUUUUCUGGCCCCAAAUAAGUUUUUCCACAAAAAGUGAAAGUCAAAUAGGUUUUCUUUAUGGUGGUA